AUGAUCAUCCCCAAGGUCGUGUCCGACCGCAAAGGCGGCGCCUCCUUCAAGAAGGCCAAGGGGAGGGGCUACGUCCAGCUCAAGUGCGAGGCGUCCGAGGGCGCCCUGGCGCGACGCUGCCUGACCUUCAGCGUGUCCAUUGGCACCGGGCCGCGGGCGCAACGCGAGCACGGCGUGGUGCGGCACAGCUUCGCCGACUGCGGCGUAUGCUGCCUGCCGAAGGAGUUCGACGAGUGGGAUUUCAGCAAGGCGGUUGACGAGACCACCCAGUCGUUCGUCGUGCGCCUCCACGUCUACCCCCAGACUAGCAGCUCCUGA